AUGGAUGUCAAUGUGCAAUUCAUGAGCGACUCGGCUAAGCGGCGACGCGACCAGAAUCGCCUAGCUCAACGCAAAUUCCGCGAGAAGAAGCGGUGGGCGUCGCACAAUUUUACUUUAAGGACGUCUCAGCCACCUCAAUCUAUUCCAACUGUCAACAAUGUGGACAUCCCGGUCAACUCCUUGCCGGCAUUCCCGAAUGCACUCCCCAGACGGACAGGAACUCUGUCUCCAAACGAAACCCAGAUUUCUAGCACAAGGCCAGGGCCCAUACAGCACCUCGAUCUCGACGCGAUUCACCCAUCCUGGGAUCAAAUGAACCCCGACCUUUCCUUUCCAUUGUCCGAUUCAUUGCCCCUUCAGUCAAGCUUAGCACACGCGAAUUUCCCUCCCAGCAACUCCUCUGGUCCCACUUCACACACAGCGCCCUCCAACAGCACAUCAAGCAGCUAUAUAAGGUCGCUUUCUCGAUCUGAAAAUAGCUAUAGCCCGCCAUUCCAUCGCAGGACAUCCGAUUCCGACAUUCGCCCAGAGAGCCUGCAUUUCCAGUUGCCACAGUCUCACAACGACGAUACGAUUGGCGCACUUCAUAUUGCCGCUCAGAAGGGCCACGAAAGGAUCGUUCGAGUCCUAUUAAUCCGUGGUAAUAUAGAUGUAAAUAACCAAGAUAGCGACGGCCGGACUCCCUUGAUAUACGCGAUCAUUGAAAAUCAUGAUCCAGUAGUCCGCCUCCUACUCUCCCACGGCGCUCGAAUAGCCGUGUACGAUCGUGAGGGUCGCUCGGGACUGCACUGGGCUGUUUUGUACAGAAGACUCGGGAUACUCCAGCAUCUACUCGACCAUCGCGCUAAGUACGAGCGCAGUUUGGAUCUUGAUGCGUAUGACAAUGCCGGCUGGACGCCAUUGCACAUGUCUAUAGAUAGAGCCUUCGAGGCUGGAGUGUUGAUGCUCCUCCAGGCAGGCGCAGACGUCAAUGCCAAAGCACAAAAAUGUCCAUAUAUGGGCAAUUGCCGCUGA